UUGGUUUCUCUGCCCGGUCAGAUGUGGAAGCCAUGGCCAACUAGACACUCAUUGCGUGCUGAUAACUUCUUUCUAGUUAAGCCGUUGCUGCAAAACUCUCUCUCUCUCUCUCUCUCUCUCUCUGUUGGGCGCUUGCACUGAAUCAAUGGUUUUUUAGUUGAAAGCUCGAGAGACAUAAACAAAGAGAACAGAGGACUUCUUGUCUCCUAUGGGAAUGGAUUCCUCCCGCAGUCAUUUGGAACUCUCUCUCAUUGAAACGGAUUCCUCUCGCAGUUCUCUGAAAUUAUGGUCACAGAUGAUAUGCCGCCCGAUAUGUGCCGUGGUAGGACCAUUCAUGGGCUUGAUUGAAGCCCUAUUCUUAAGCAUAGCUCGCUGCUUUGGUCAGCGACGUCCACGCAAAUUCUUUUAUUACUCCUUUGAUGACGUCGUCCGUCUCUCUAGUACAACUCCAUUUACUGUCAAUGAAAUCGAGGCACUGCGCGAGUUGUAUAAAAAGUUGAGUAGUCUUGAGGAUGGUCUCAUACACAAGGAAGAACUCCAAUUGGCAAUAUUCACAACUCCAGUGGGCAAGAAUCUUUUUCUGGACAGAGUAUUUGAUCUUUUCGAUGAAAAGAAAGAUGGGGUCAUUGAAUUUGAGGAGUUUGUUCGUGCACUUAGUGUUUUCCAUCCCCGUGCUCCUGUGGAGGACAAAACUGAUUUUGCAUUUAGGUUGUAUGAUUUGAAAGAGACUGGAUAUAUCGAAAAGGAAGAAGUAAGACAAAUGGUAGUUGCCAUUCUUUCUGAAUCUGGUAUACAGCUGUCAGAUGAAAAUCUUGAAGCUAUCAUUGAAAAGACAUUCGCUGAUGCUGAUACCGAUAAGGAUGGCAAGAUUAACAAAGAAGACUGGAAGUCUUUUGUUGUUCGGCACCCGACACUUCUGAAGAACAUGACACUUAAUUAUUUAAAGGACAUCACGGCAAUGUUUCCAAGCUUUAUUUACAACACUGAAGUUGUCGAUGACUGAACAUUUUAGCAACACUAAAGUGAGGCUAAAUGUUGAAAAUGAAGAGAAAAGCUCUGCUGCAUCAGGGUCCAGAAGAGUUGGACUGUCUUGGCCUAUAUCGUCCCAAGGGUUUGUUCACUACGUAUUGACACAUACAUGAGGCUGGCCAAACCCACUACAUCUUAUCUAUGAUUUAUCCAUUCUACUGGAAACCUCAUUGCAAGAAACAUCCCUAGUCUUUCAUGUACAUAGAUGAAAAUACUCCUAUUGUUUAGCAAGUGACCUGUAAGCAUGGUUUUGGUUUUUUGCUUUUCUGGGUUACAUCUUUCUGUGUCAAAAGAAUGUUUCCUUCGCCUCUUCCUCUAUCCUUCCCCCUCCCUUGUUUGUAUCAUAGCCUCAAUUGACUCUC